GUGGCUGCAACCAAUCCGAGAGGAGAUGCGCGGAAAGUUUGCUCAAUGGGCGAUGGCUCAGGGAUGUUGUCACUCAGGUGGCGGUGGCAGAGGCCGGGCUAAGACGUGGCUGGGGAAACGCGGCUGGCUGUUCAGGCUGGCCGGGUGGCGGUGGAGCUCUUAGCGCGUCCUCGUCUUGGUUGGGGGCUCCGAGCGGCGGGAGAGGCGGGCCGCGGCAGCUGCACCUCCAUGCCCGCGCGUGGGGCGGGCCGCUGAUGGAGCGUGCCACCCACUCGGGGCGGCUCGCGCGGGCGCUGCUGCUGCUGCUGCUGCUGCUGGGGCUCGCGGUGGGGACGGUGACCACGAGGCGCGCCCCCCGCCCCACGGCGGAGACGGCGUUCGGCCUGGGGGCCGCGGCCGCUCCCAUGUCGGCCGCGCGGGUGCCAGCGGCGGGGUCCGUGGCUGUGGCUGAGGUGACGGUGGAGGACGCCGAGGCGCUGCCGGCGGCCGCUGGCGAGCCAGAGCCGAGGGAGCCGGAAUCCGACGAAGAGGCCGAGCUGCGGCCGCGCGGCAGGUCAUUGGUGAUCAUCAGCACUUUAGAUGGGCGAAUUGCUGCCUUGGAUCCUGAGAAUCAUGGGAAAAAGCAGUGGGAUUUGGACGUGGGAUCCGGUUCCUUGGUUUCAUCCAGCCUCAGCAAACCAGAGGUAUUUGGGAAUAAGAUGAUCAUUCCUUCCCUGGAUGGAGACCUCUUCCAGUGGGACCGAGACCGCGAGAGCAUGGAAACAGUUCCGUUUACAGUUGAAUCACUUCUUGAAUCUUCUUAUAAAUUUGGAGAUGAUGUUGUUUUGGUUGGAGGAAAGUCUCUCACUACAUAUGGACUCAGUGCAUAUAGUGGAAAGGUGAAGUACAUCUGUUCAGCUUUGGGCUGUCGCCGGUGGGAUAAUGAUGAAAUGGAACAGGAAGACAUCCUGCUCUUGCAACGCACACAGAAAACCGUUAGAGCCGUGGGACCUCGUAGUGGCAAUGAGAAGUGGAAUUUCAGUGUUGGCCACUUUGAACUUCGAUAUAUUCCAGACAUGGAAACUAGAGCUGGAUUUAUUGAAAGCACCUUAAAACCCAGUGGGAACAGAGAAGAGUCUAAAAUCAUCUCAGAUGUGGAAGAACAGGAAGCUGCCAUGAUGGACAUGGUGAUAAAGGUCUCCGUUGCUGACUGGAAGGUUAUGGCAUUUAGUAAGAAGGGAGGAAACCUGGAAUGGGAAUACCAGUUUUGUACUCCCAUUGCAUCUGCCUGGUUGGUUAAGGAUGGCAAAGUCAUUCCCAUCAGUCUUUUUGAUGAUACAAGUUAUAAAUCUAAUGAUGAAGUUUUAGAAGAUGAAGAAGACAUUGUAGAAGCUGCCCGAGGAGCCACAGAAAACAGUGUUUACUUGGGAAUGUACAGAGGCCAGCUAUAUCUGCAAUCAUCAGUCAGAAUUUCAGAAAAGUUUCCUACAAGUCCCAAGGCCUUGGAAUCUGUCAAUAAUGAAAAUGCAAUUAUUCCUUUGCCAACAAUCAAAUGGAAACCUUUAAUUCAUUCUCCUUCCAGAACGCCUGUCUUGGUAGGGUCUGAUGAGUUCGACAAAUGUCUUAGUAAUGAUAAGUUUUCUCAUGAAGAGUACAGUAAUGGUGCACUUUCAGUCUUGCAGUAUCCGUAUGAUAAUGGUUAUUACCUACCAUACUACAAGAGGGAGCGGAGCAAACGGAGCACACAGAUCACAGUCAGAUUCCUUGACAACCCCAAUUACAACAAGAAUAUCCGCAAAAAGGAUCCUGUUCUCCUCUUACAUUGGUGGAAAGAGAUAGUUGGAACUCUUCUGUUUUGUAUCAUAGCAACAACUUUAAUUGUACACAGACUCUUCCAUCCUCAUCCUCACAGACAGAGGAAGGAAUCUGAAACUCAGUGUCAAACUGAAAAUAAAUAUGAUUCUGUAAGUGGAGAAUCUAAAGACAAUAGUUGGAAUGACAUCAAAAAUUCUGGUUAUGUAUCACGAUACCUAACAGACUUUGAACCAGUUCAGUGCAUGGGUCGUGGUGGGUUUGGAGUUGUCUUUGAAGCCAGGAACAAGGUAGAUGACUGCAAUUAUGCCAUCAAGAGAAUCCGCCUCCCUAACAGGGAAUUGGCCCGGGAAAAGGUAAUGCGAGAAGUUAAAGCCUUAGCCAAGCUUGAACACCCAGGAAUUGUCAGAUACUUCAAUGCUUGGUUGGAAACACCACCAGAGAAGUGGCAAGAAAAAAUGGAUGAAAUUUGGCUGAAAGAUGAAAGCACAGACUGGCCACUCAGCUCUCCUAGUCCAAUGGAUGCACCAUCAGUUAAAAUACGCAGAAUGGAUCCUUUCUCCACAAAGGAGCAUAUAGAAAUCAUAGCUCCUUCGCCAAAAAGGGGCAGGUCUUUUUCAGUAGGGAUUUCCUGUGGCCAGACAAGUUCAUCUGAGAGCCAGUUCUCCCCACUGGAAUUUUCAGGAAUGGACCACGGAGACAGCGAGUCAGUGGAUGCUGUGUACAACCUCCAAGACAGUUGCCUGACAGACUGUGAUGUGGAAGAUGGUACUAUGGAUCACAAUGAUGAGGGGCACUCCUUUGAACUUUGUCCUUCUGAAGCAUCUUCUUCUGUAAGGUCAAGGGAGAGAACAUCCUCUUCUAUAGUGUUUGAAGAUUCUGGCUGCGAUAAUGCAUCCAGUAAAGAAGAGCUCAAAACAAACGGGCUGCAUAUUGGCAACCAUUAUGCUAAUAAACUAACUUCUUUGGAGCACUCCAGUAGCAAAUCUUCUUCUGAACCUACUUUGUCUGUUUCUCCUCCAAGACCUACCACUCUAAGUUUAGAUCUCACUAAAAACCCUGUGGACAAACUGCAGCCCAGUUCACCCAAGGUGUAUCUUUACAUUCAGAUGCAGCUGUGCAGGAAGGAGAACCUCAAAGACUGGAUGAACAGCCGGUGCACCAUAGAGGAGAGGGAGAGGGGCGUGUGUCUGCACAUCUUCCUGCAGAUCGCAGAGGCAGUGGAGUUUCUGCACAAUAAAGGGCUCAUGCACAGGGACCUGAAGCCUUCCAACAUAUUCUUUACAAUGGAUGAUGUGGUGAAGGUAGGAGACUUUGGAUUAGUGACUGCAAUGGACCAGGAUGAAGAAGAGCCCAUGGUUCUGACCCCGAUGCCAGCAUAUGCCAGACACACAGGACAAGUGGGGACCAAACUGUAUAUGAGCCCAGAGCAGUGUGAGCAUGUGGCCCUGGAGGAUACGAUUACCGUACAGUUUGGUGCAGCUGCCUUGAUUCAUGCUAAAUUUCCAGCGGUGCAAAUGGCAACACAGUGAAAAGACAAAUCAUGUCUUCGUUUUAUUAUGAAAAUAGUCUUGACCUUGCAGACUGAAAGGAUGUUGGGUUCCCCAGGGAUACAUAGGCCACAGUUUGAUUAGAUUAUCUUUAGAAUAUUAUAUCGGAGACCAGUUGUGGGAUUGCCUUUGAAGAGGACUUUAUUUUACUGUUAUACAAAGCCCUUUCAUACUUUCGGAGUUUUUGUAUUAUCCAAGUGUUCCUUUUACUUGUUUGAAAUUUUCCUUUUUUAUAUAAUUAAAAACAUUUUUUAAAGACGCUAUACUUAGACAUUGUGAAUUUCAAAGAUGAAGGAAAAAUGUUAUUAGUAUUUAGGUAGGAAGAAAAAGGGUUAUAGCUAAAUAACUCAUUUUCUGUAGCACCGAACCCGAGAAGAGCACAUAACCUAAUAAAGCAACAUGUACCAUUCUGAAAAAUGAUCUGUGACACGUGAAUCUUGUGUCCAGCCAUGAAGUUAUUCAUGUACAAAGAAAUCAGGCAUUUUUAGGUUAAACCAAGAGUUAACAAAGAAUCUCUUAAGUGAAAAAAGCAGAUGCAGACAUGUGUGCAUAAAAAAACCUUUCGUUUAAGGAAGGAAAGAUAGAUAUGUAUUUGCUUAUGUCUAAAGAAACUCUGGAAUGAUGUAUAGUUAAUGAAUGGCUAUGGAGGCAGUUGGCAGGGUAAAGUGGCUGGUGGGGGCUCCACAGGUGAGGGACUGGUGGGAGAAAAACUUCCUUACACGCUUCUUUAUUAUGAACCACGUGAUUGUGUUACCUGUUGAAAGUGAAUUUAGGAAGGGAAACAUAAAAAUAUUGGCAGUGAACAUCAAAACCAAUUUAUUACAUGUGCCCAUGGCUUGUGACUAUGAAUACCAAAGCAAAAUUGAAUUUAAAAAUCCAAAAAUGUUCUUAGUAAAAGCUUUAUAAUUUUAAAGACAGUCAUCAAAGUAAGCUAGGCCUAUGAUUCCCAUAUUAAAUUAAUAAAGAUUAGGAAAUGGAAAAUGGUAAGAACAAAGAAAGUAAAGACAGAGUAGGGAUUCAUAUAUACCUAAAUUCAGCAAACAAUUAAAAAUACUUCUACAUUCUGUAUCAUUAUGGAAGACGAAAACAAAUUACAACAAAAGGAAAAGGUAUGGGAAUAAAAAACACAAAACAGCACUUGAAGUGUUGAUAAAGCUGAAUAUUAGUUAUGAUAAACAAAUGUUUAAAUUUCCCCAUGAAAGGGAAGGGAAAACUUCAGAUUGAAUUAAAGUUUCUUCAAAAAACAAAGUUUAAAAACAGAAGGUAAAUGAAAAAUAUACUAAGCUUUAUACAUAGUUGGCAUUUGGACGUUUAUUGAUGAACAAAUCAAAGUAAGAUAUACUUUCAUUUUGCACUACUAGACCACAAAGAAACAGCAGUGUAUUUGAAAAGAGAAAGUGUAAAUGUCUUUUAAUGAUAAUAGUGCAAUAACAAAAGAUGAGAGUGGUUUAAUUUGAUUUGGGGUUUUUAUCUGCUUUUGCUUCUGUUUUGACUAGCCGGAAAUUUAAAAUGCCUUCUGAAUAACUGUAGGUUUUUAAUAAAAUUAAAAAAUACUUAUGCCAAUUAUUAAGAAAACAAUGAAAAGGACUGAAACUCACAGGAAGUUCUCAAAGUUCUCAAAGGCCUUCAUUGUAGAAGCACCUUCAGUGGUUUAGCAUCUGCACAGUAGGUGGCAGAAGAGGCUGCAUGAAGUUGAAAAACAUGAAUAAACUGAUACUAGUGCAACAGUAGAGUAAACCAACAUUAUGGUAUAUUUAGAGAGUUUUUAAAUAAGGUAAUCCUCUCUAGCAAAUAUAACUUAAAGGGGAAAAACAACUAAAUUUAGAAAUUCGCAAGGAUACAUGUAGCAGCAAUUUUAAUGUACAAAAGACUAUUACACAUAGUUGAGUAUUUGCAACUAAAAGUACCCAAACUGGCUUAAGUAGAAAAAAAUGUAUUAGCCCUAGUAAUUGAAUCAUCUUGGUCAAAUGAUGUGGCCAGGCCCUGCUGAAAGGAGAAAUUAAAAUUGUGUGAAAUAUCAAAGACAUAUUUAUGUCCACAGGAAGAAAGACUGGAAUAGCCCUAAAAUAAGUCAGAACUUCAAUAUAGGGAACUUUGAAAGCCAUUUUGAACUUUUCCGUGUUUUCUAAUUUUUUUUCUACAUGGUAUGUAUCAGAAUUGACGCUAAAAUAUUUUUGAUGGCAUUUUUUUUUUAUGUUCAUCAUUAUUCAAGAGGCCAGAAAUAGACCUUCACUCUAAGUAUUGUGAAAACAAAACAGGAAUGACUAAAUGAAAGGAAUUCUACCUGGAUGCAUGUGCAUGAAGGGCUCACUAGGUGGAGACCCCCACCCAGCCCUCUUUGAAAUAGGUGACUGUCUUCUCCUUGUCAGGAUCUAGCCUAUUACACUGUUUAUUCUUAUCAUAGCAUUUUUAACUCUCGGAAAUUGUUUUUUCUUCUCUAAGAUGUAAGCUAUCAGCAGAGGCUGCCAUCUAAGAAAGGAUGAAAUUGGUGACUAUAUAUAGUGUUGCUGUGUUACUGUUGAAGAUACUGGAAAACCAAGGAUAGUUGUAGAAAUUUUGUCAUGACUGUACAGUAGUUAAAAAUGGACAGGCUUUUUCUCUUCUUAAUGAUCUUCUUCUUCUAUAUUCUUAAGUACAGAAACUGACCCUUUAUAAAAUCCCUUUAAUAAGUCUCUCAAAAUACUUUGGCUUAUGAAUUGUCUUAUCCAGACUUGGGAAGCUGUACUAACACAUUGUUUUAAAAAUGUUUUUUAUCACAGAUCUUUAUUUUCUUAUCCUUCUAUGAGAAAAAGAGCAGAGACCAGUUACUUUGUUCUUGGUUGCAAUUAACCAAGAAAUACAGGGGCCACAUUCUAGUACCACACAGUGAUAAAACAAUCAACGUAACCUCUCAAAGGUGUUAUAUUCUACCCCCUUUGAAGUUUCCUACUUAAAUCCUUACUUUUUAGAUAUUUUGUGAAAAUCACUUUGUGUUCAUGAGUCCAUGUUUGUUUUUUAAAUAUAUUUAAUAAUGCUUUUUUCUCUGAUUGUAUAUAUUGUGAAUCUACUAUGCAGGGAAUAUGGAAAAUGUAGGAAGGUAUAAAGAAAAAUAAAAAUCAUUUACUAAAAAUAUCUCUGAAAUGUUAAAUAGUAUUUCCUUCUCUGUAUACAUACAUACACAUCUUACGUAUUUAUACACACCUUAUUUUGGAAUACAAAAUUGGGAUUCUUCCUAAAAUUUUGGAUACAAUGUACAAAUGUAAACGUUUCUCACAUUAUUACAUGUUAGAAAAUAUUUUUGGCUGCAUUGUAUUCUCUCUGUUAAGCAAUUUAUUCAACAUUUGUUUUCGACAUUAUAGUCACUUGUAAAUUUUGGACCAACACUUAGGCAACUAUCCCUGUGUACAAAUCUUUGUCCGUAUUUCCAUCUACCCUAGGGUAGAUGAAACUAAAUAGGACCAUUAAGUAGGAGCAAACAUUUAUUGCCAAGUUGUUUUCUCAAAGGUAUGUUUAGUUUAUAUUCUCCAGAUCAUGUACAGGGUGUCCUUUUCACUGUGUUUAUGAGCAUAUUUUCUUUGAGGACCUCCCAGACCCCAGGGAGAAAAGGGAAGAACAGGAGGCAGUGCAGCUGACGCCAUCAUGGAGCCCUUCCGUCGGGUAUUCUGGAAGCAUAGAGGCAGGCUGGCUCACGGAAGGAAGCAUGUGGACUAAUACCAAGUGCAGUUUAGAGAGGAGGCUGUGAAGGGCUUGGAAUCCCAGGCCUCUACCUUGCAACAACCCCAGCUAAGAAAAUGCCCAUGUGGAGCAUCCCCAGAGUAAUGCUCCUCUUCAGCCUUUGCCAAAUGUCAAGUUAGGGCCUAAGGUAAUUUUCACAAAUAAAGGGGUUCUUCUGAGUCCCGGGAGGUCACUUUUAAUUUGAAUAAGGCUUUGUUUAAUAGCUCCGGGGGUUGUAAUUCGUGUUAUUCUAACAAGUACGGUUUUAUUGAGCGCCUUCUCUAUACUUAGCCCAGUGCCGGACAGUUGGAACACAAAAGAAGCAGUUCCCUUCCCUCCAGGACUUUAUAAUCUAGUUGUGAAGAAUAAGAAAUAUGCACAUGUAAAAUACAACUAACAAUGCAAAGUAGUCCAUAAUUAAGUGCCAUAAUGAGGGCUAACCACAGUUGAUUAGUGGUUUGGAGUAAUGAAGAUUUUCUCAAAAAUGGGUGAGGACUAAGAUGAUUAGAAAUGAGAGAUUUGCUUUAGAUAGUGUUUGCUUUGAAAAACUUCACCUCGGGGUUGUUGAGCUUUUACUGGCUCCCACUAACUUUUUUUAGCAUUGCAAGGCUCCAGGUUUCUGCUAGGUCUAUUUUACUGAUGCAUAUCUCAGAGCUGUACCUGGGCUUUUCUUCUGUAAUGCUGAGUAUUUUAAUUACUCUCACUGUAGUGAGUUGAAGAAAAGAAGCUUGAGAGGUGAUUAACUCUUUGCUAACAUUUUUACACAUACAAUUACAUUUAAACCAAGAAGUGGCUAAGUCAGCUUUGGAAUUCACUGAUGAUGUUUUAUCAAUUGUACUUUCUCUUCUUCUCUGUUAAUUUUUUUUAAUGUUUCUUUUUUAUAU